UUAUGUUAUUUUCUAGAUAAUAUUUUUACCUUUAAAUUUGAUAAUAGGUAAAUUUACUCUAAUAUUAAAGCUAACAUCACAAAAUGUAUUCUGCUGAACGCAAAUUUGUUAUGAUAUACGUUAGUACCACGACAACACAUGCGGGUAUGGCGUCUUCUUAAGUAUUUCUGAAUAAUAUCGACUAAACUUAUUUUAUUGGUUAUCACUAUUAACUGUAUUCAAUAACAAAUAAUUAAAUAUUUUAUUUACAAACACGUAGGUACCUAUAGACAUAAUAUACCUGGAUAAUAUUAUGUACAUAUGUUUUCGAUCAAUCAUCUGUAAGACUAUAUUAUAUUAUAUGAUUUAUAAUUCACUAUAGCUAGUUAUUAUUAACUAGCUACAAAUAAAAUAAAAUAGAUUUAUCAACACGCGUAUGUAUAUUUACAUGUUACUAUUUGUUUUUUUAAUAUUAAAUAAAUAAAAUUUUUCACAGAAAAUUAAACAUUUUGUUAUUUUUAAAUUGUAAGGUUAGGGUAUUUUAUAUUUUAAACAUUUUAAAACUUUAAUACAAAUACUUUUACUACCAACUAUUACUAAUACUACCACAUCUAUUACACCACUACAAAUAUAAAUAUAUAUUUCAAGUAUGACACGUUAUGCUAAUGUCCCACUAUCUUUUAACUGGACAUUUUGGUACAAAGAUAAGUGCGCAAAGGACGACGAUUGGAGAAUGAAUUUCCAAAAGCUAUUCGAAGUUUCGACGGUUACGGAAUUUAUCGAGGCCUACAAUAAAACAAAAUUGCCUUCUCGUUUACCCCUAGGAGCUAGUUAUUAUUUUUUCAAAAAUGGAAUACAGCCAAUGUGGGAAGAAGAACCGAAUAAAGGCGCAGGAGCUUGGGUAAUUGUGGUUACUAAUCGGAUUAGUAAUGAUUUGAAUUUGAUUUGGUCAGAUAUGUUGUUUACACUCAUUACUAGCGGCUUUAAAGAGUUGUCGUGUUAUUUAUGUGGUAUCACGUGUAACGUGAGGGACAAACAAACACAAAAAGUUACAAUAUGGACAGUUAAAACUACAUUGGAAAAUUAUGAACAUAUAAUAAAGAUUGGAAAAAUUCUACAAACCCUCAAACAAAACGUUUACGAAAUAAAAUCAAUAAAAUAUAAAUUACAUAAUAGAUUGUCAAAUGAUUUUGACUAUGUGUUAUAG